AUGUCAGCCCUCGUGGACGAGGAGAGCGAAUGGGAGCAGCUCAACAGAACUAAUUGGCGCGGCCUUGGUCUCACCGAUCCCAUAAAGAGCGUAGAGGACAAGUGGCUAUUAUUGCCUGCCUUUCUCAAAGUCAAGGGUCUAGUGAAGCAACACAUCGAUUCGUUCAAUUACUUCGUCGAUAUCGAUAUCAAAAACAUCGUCCGCGCAAAUAACAAAGUGACUUCCGAUGUCGAUCCACGGUUUUGGUUAAAAUACACUGACAUCAAUGUCGGAUUCCCCGAUCGCAAUGAGCUUGAAGCCAUCGACAAGAGAGUCACACCCCACGAAUGCCGGCUGCGUGAUAUUACAUACGGCGCACCGAUUGUGGUCACCAUCCAAUACACGCGGGGGAAAAGCAUUGUGCAACGGAAUGUUAACAUUGGCCGCCUGCCCAUCAUGCUGAGGAGUAGCAAGUGCGUUUUGACAGGUCGAACGGAAGCACAAUUGGCGCGCAUGACUGAGUGUCCUUUGGAUCCUGGGGGCUAUUUCGUCGUCAAAGGCACGGAAAAAGUCAUCUUGGUCCAAGAGCAGCUCAGCAAGAAUCGUAUAAUCGUGGAGACCGACACCGUAAAGGGGGUUGUUCAGGCCUCCUGUACUUCUUCCACUCAUGGUGGCCUCAAAUCCAAGACGUACGUCGCAACGAAAAAAGGCCGUAUUUAUCUUCGACACAACUCUAUACAUGAGGACGUUCCGAUCGUCAUUGCUCUGAAAGCUCUAGGAAUUCAAUCAGACAAGGAGAUACUGUUACUUACAGCUGGAACCACGGAAGCGUACAAGAAUACCUUUUCUGCCAACCUCGAGGACGCGGCCAAGCUCGGUGUAUACACACGACAACAGGCUCUUGAGUACAUUGGCUCUCGCGUCAAGAUCAAUCGACGGGUUAUGGGUCCUAGGAGACCCGCUUGGGAAGAGGCUUUGGAAGCGUUGGCUACAAUUGUUCUUGCCCAUGUCCCAGUCAACGGUCUCGAUUUCAGGUCGAAGGCCAUUUUCGUAGCUACAAUGACCCGGCGUGUUCUCAUGGCCAUGCAAGACGAAAACAUGGUUGACGAUCGCGAUUAUGUCGGAAACAAGCGUCUUGAACUUGCAGGCCAGCUUCUUGCUCUCCUCUUCGAAGACCUUUUCAAAACCUAUAACUCCAAUCUUAAAAUUGCAAUUGACAAAGUCCUCAAAAAACCUUCCCGGACGAGCGAGUUUGAUGCGUACAACACUAUGCAAAUGCAAGGAGACCAUUUAACGUCCGGCUUCGUGCGCGCUAUAUCCACAGGAAACUGGUCCCUCAAGCGUUUUAAGAUGGAGCGUGCAGGCGUCACCCACGUACUUAGUCGGCUAAGCUUCAUCUCGGCUUUAGGCAUGAUGACACGCAUUUCGUCCCAGUUUGAGAAGACACGCAAGGUAAGCGGCCCGAGAGCUUUGCAACCGAGUCAAUGGGGUGUUCUCUGCCCCAGCGAUACCCCAGAAGGCGAGGCGUGUGGCCUCGUCAAGAAUUUAGCCCUUAUGACUCACAUAACGACGGAUGUCGAAGAAGAACCUAUAACCCGGCUUGCGUUCAUGUUGGGUAUCGAAGACAUCAAUUUGACGACGGGAACGGAGAUAUAUGGUCCUGGUGUCUUCGUGGUGAAUGUGAAUGGAACUAUUAUUGGCGUCACCCGGUAUCCGGCGCGAUUUGUGGCACAGUUUCGAAGUCUUCGCAGAGCCCGGCGCUUUAGCGAGUUUGUGAGCGUCUACAUCAAUCAUCAUCAUCACGCCGUUCAUAUUGCCAGCGAUGGUGGCCGCAUCUGCCGGCCUGCGAUCAUCGUUGAGAAUGGACGCCCGAAGGUCGCAUCUGAACACAUGAUGCAUCUCAAGAAAGGCAAUGUCACGUUCGACGACUUCCUUCGAAAAGGUCUCGUCGAAUACCUCGACGUCAAUGAAGAAAACGACACCUACAUUGCGUUAUACGAAUCUGAUAUUGUGCCUGCCACCACACACUUGGAAAUUGAACCUUUCACGAUACUCGGCGCUGUCGCAGGGCUCAUCCCAUAUCCUCACCACAACCAAUCGCCUCGAAAUACAUACCAGUGUGCCAUGGGUAAACAAGCUAUUGGUGCCAUCGGGUACAAUCAAAUGAACCGGAUUGACACCUUGCUGUAUUUGUCUGUGUACCCUCAACAGCCAAUGGUCAAAACAAAAACCAUUGAACUGAUAGGGUAUGAUCGCCUUCCUGCCGGCCAAAAUGCGACGGUCGCGGUCAUGAGUUACUCUGGCUAUGAUAUCGAAGAUGCUCUUAUUCUAAACAAGGCCAGUCUUGAUCGUGGUUAUGGCCGAUGUCAAGUUUUGCGCAAGAACGCGACCCUCAUCCGGAAGUACCCCAAUGGAACAUUUGAUCGGUUGGCUGACGCACCGCUGGAUGAGAAUGGCCAACUCAACAAAAAAUACGACAUCAUUCAAUCGGACGGUCUUGCAGGUGUAGGAGAACGGGUUGAUCCUGGAGAUGUAUAUGUGAACAAACAAUCCCCCACCAACGCCACGGACAACACGUUCACCGGCCAAGCUGCGUCCGUGCCGUAUAAAAAUACCCCUCUGACCUACAAGUCGCCUGUUGCUGGGAACAUCGACAAAGUCAUGAUUAGCGACACGGAGAACGAUCAGACGCUCAUUAAGGUGCUAAUCCGCCAAACACGGAGGCCAGAGCUCGGUGACAAAUUUUCGUCGCGCCACGGGCAAAAGGGUGUUUGUGGUCUUAUUGUAAACCAAGAAGACAUGCCGUUCAAUGACGAUGGUAUCAACCCCGACACCAUCAUGAACCCUCACGGUUUCCCCUCCCGAAUGACAGUCGGAAAGAUGAUAGAACUAUUAGCGGGCAAGGCCGGUGUUCUCGCUGGGAAGCUACAAUAUGGAACGGCCUUCGGCGGAUCCAAAGUUGAAGAUAUGAGUCGCAUACUUAUUGAUCACGGAUUUAGCUAUGCUGGGAAGGACAUGCUGACAAGUGGCAUUACCGGGGAACCCCUUGAAGCUUACGUUUACUUCGGGCCUAUUUAUUACCAGAAACUUAAACACAUGGUGAUGGAUAAAAUGCAUGCUCGAGCAAGAGGACCGCGUGCCACCUUGACGCGCCAGCCUACAGAAGGUCGGUCCCGAGAAGGUGGCUUGCGCUUGGGUGAGAUGGAGCGAGACUGCCUAAUCGGCUAUGGGGCAACGCAGCUGUUGCUUGAGCGGCUAAUGAUCUCUUCUGACAAAUUCGAGGUCAACGCCUGUGAAGAAUGUGGGCUGAUGGGAUACAACGGAUGGUGUACCUACUGCAAGAGCUCCAAGAAAAUGGCCCAAUUAACCAUCCCAUACGCGGCCAAGCUCCUAUUCCAAGAGUUGAUGGCGAUGAAUGUUGUGCCUCGACUAAUUCUUGACGAUGCCUAAGUUGCCGCGGUCAUCUUCUCGGUUUCUUAUAUCCCCAUUCAUAGCUGAUAUAAUUUUAUGCCAUCUGUACCAAUACCAAUGCAGGACCUGUAGAAUCGACAAGAACCGAUGUAAUUUAC